CAAUUUAAUUCAAAUUUAUUGUAAGACCACUCAUAUAUAUUCGAAGGAAUUUUUAGUCCUUGAAAUAUAUUUGGAACUAAAGAUGUGGCUGACUUUAAAAAAAACGUAUUUAAAUCUAAAUUGAUUUAAAUCAAAGAAAAAUUAAAUUUCCCGCCGUCGCGUCGAUAAAUGGCGGAAUUGUGAACUAUCAUUGCUCUUCAUUCAGGAAAAUAAAUUUUUAACAGUUAUUUCAUAGUUAGUUGCUUGAAUGCUACGAUGGACAGAAUACUCAAAGGAAUCAUGAAGUACAGAAAGUGUCAUCGGGAAGGGAUGGUGAAACAAUUUCAACAAGUCCGAGAUCAUCCCGAGCCGAAAGCAGUGUUCUUUACCUGCAUGGACUCUCGGAUGAUCCCAACUAGAUUUACGGAAACAAACGUUGGGGACAUGUUUGUCGUUCGAAAUCCCGGUAAUGUUGUUCCACACUCGCAACAUUUCAUGGACGAAUUCACUAUGUGCGAAUCGGCGGCACUGGAACUUGGUUGCGUGGUAAACGAUAUAAGGCACGUUAUUGUUUGCGGUCAUAGUGAUUGUAAGGCAAUGAAUUUGCUCUACGCUUUGAGGGAUGAGGAAUUUGCGUCAAAAACGAAUAGAAGAAUAUCUCCGUUAAGAGCGUGGCUGUGCGCGCAUGCUAGUAGCAGUUUGACCAAAUUUCAACAUCUCGAAGUUACCGGUUUCCACGAGCCGAUCAUUUUUCAGGCUGAGACACCACUGCGAAAAUUCGUCGCUUACAUCGAUCCGGAAGAUAAAUUCACUAUCGAGGACAAGUUGUCGCAAAUCAAUACGUUGCAACAACUUCAAAAUAUCGCGUCGUACGGGUUCUUGAAGAAACGUUUAGAGAGACACGAUUUGCACAUCCACGCGCUGUGGUUCGAUAUUUAUACCGGGGAUAUUUAUUAUUUCAGCCGAGCCAAUAAAAGAUUUGUGGAGAUAAAUGAAAUAACGGAGCCGUCUUUGCUUAAAGAAAUUAAAAGAUAUUAUUCGUAGACGUUUUUUCGCGAAAUAUUUAUAAUGCCAAUAUUGCUAAUAUUACAUUUCCAAAACGUACAAAUUGUGAAUCGCAAAGAAAGUAAUUUAUAUUUUUAUCUACUCAAAUUUGCAAAUUUUGUUUAUAUUUAUCUUGAAGCAUUGCACUAAUUAUAUAGUGAAUAAAAUUCUUGUAGCAUUACAAUACAAACAAUUUAGUUAAUUUUACGAGAGUUAUAUCACAAAUUAUAUAUUGAUGUUUAACGUAAAAUAUAUUUUUCGUUGAUUUAUAUAAUAUAUAAUAUAACUAUUUUUUAUAUACAUAUAUAUAUACGCAUACAUAAAAUUCUAUUUACGGAGAAUAUAAUAUAUCAUAAUUUAUUUGCAAAGAUAUAAAAUCCCCGUUAUGGAAUCAAGUGGGCUUCAUUAUAUAUAUUUUUUUUUUAUUUUGUAAUUUACAAUUGUUAUUUCAAUUCAUUUCUAAUUCGAAAAAUGGAAAAAGUCAAGAUUCAGAAAAGCAUCAAAGAGUCUCAAAUCAAUGGCAAGAACUAUCUAUAGAUGGAUGGACGGCUUCGAACGAAUUAGAGCAUGCCGGUUCCGAAAGAGAAAGCAAAACAACUAAAGAAGCUAUGAGGAAUCAGAAUUACGCAGCGUUGUAUCGUUAUUAAGAUCCGCAACUAUAUGCUUGGCACAAAACGUAAACUCAUAUAAUAUAUAUCAUAUUUUUGUAUCAUUUAAUUUAAGUUUAUUAAUAAUAACGUAAGUUUUUUUUUUUAGAUAAAUUUCGAAUAAAUAUAAUAUAAAAUAUAUUGACAUCACAGUGUCUUGAUGUAAAGAUAAAUUUUUAAACUUAUGUUGAAUGUUCCAUGUUAUCGAUGAAGUAUCAAUAGAAAUUUAAUAUUUAAUGAUCACAUUUUAAGCUAAAUUUAUAUUUUUAAUUAAUAUUACCAAAAGAGAUAUAAUACAAUACAAAAAUCUACAUUGAUAUUAUAUAAGUUUACAUCAAUAUUUGCAACAUUAGAUUUUUGUGUAUUGUGCAAAAUAUAAAUUUUUUAUAAAAGACUAUAUCAAGGAAUUAUAUAUGUCAAAUGUAAAAUAUAUUCUUGCUACAAAAAGACUUUCAAUAUUAUAAAAUUACAUAAAAAGAUUAGCUUAAUAUGUUUGAUAUUGUUUUUAGAAUCAAAUCAUGGAAUUUACAAUUAUAUCUUCUUUCCAUUUUUCAAGACGAGCGAUGAAAUAAACCAAGCGCCUCAUAUAGAGCGUGUACGUAAAUUAACGAGACGGAGUUCUUGCACAGCUCCGGCUGUUUAAAAGUACGCGUGUAACAGAAACGAUGUACGCGCGCACAUAGUUCACACUUCUAUUCACUCUUUGCGGUAAAAGUGAAGAGAAUUCCCUCAGCUUCCCAGCCCCAUGUCCAGUUUAGCCGGUUAGGCUCUGGCGUAUAGAAUGUUAAAGAAAAAGAGGAAGAAAGGAGGAAAAGAAUGGUGUUUCGAAUCGAAUUCCUUCAUUUUCGAUUGAGUUUUGUAACAUUAAGCGAUGUGGGUCCUCACCGCUGAAGAAGUGUGACAAGUAGCCUUCUUCGAAAAUGGUGAACCAAACGAACCUGUGCAGAAUCCGAUCGUAUUGUGCGAUUAGACACAGAGCGUGCUCUCUGUGAGAAACAAACUUUAUUUUUUCCCAAUUACUUACCUGUCUACCUGCCGCUUACGUAAAGUAAAAUUUUGUUUUGUGCUACAUUCUGCGGCUAGAAAUAGGUAAAAAUAAGGGUUCUCUCAGACAAAUAACUUAAUAUGCGGCAUCGGAAACACUGUGGACUACUGCGCGUUGCAUUUAUAUCCGCUUCCUUCCGUAAACAAAGAAUCCCGUGCUUUUACGGUAUCUUUUUUUAACUUUUUACCUACUUUGGGUAGAAGUCACUCGACUACCUGAGGUUAGGUGUAAAUCAUUGCAGGUUUAAUGUAAGUCCAUUUUUGUCAACGUGUAUAUUAUGCUAUUUACAGCGAUAAUAUAUAUAAAUUAUUUAUUAUAAUAAUAGAUGAUAUAUACAUUAUGUAAAAGGGGACAGGGAGAAUUAAAUGAAGAUUAAAAAAACGAUAAUGAAUCAUGUCAUAUAAUUGCAAUUAGGCAGUGCAAUUUAGAUAAUUUCUAAAAUUAAUUUUUAACUCUUUAACAAAGCUUGUCUCCUCCAGAAAAAAGAAAAAUGAAUCAAAAAUAUAGAAUCUAAAUAUAUGAAAUAUAAAAAUAUAGAAUCUAAAUAUAUUUUGCUAACAAAUAAAAUUUUACACAAAGAUUGUGGCUGUCAGCUAAAAUCAAUUAAAUUAAUGUCAAAUAUAGUCGAUAACAAGAUGAAUAAUUAUUUAUAUUUAUAUCGAAUAAUGUAAGAGAGCAAUUUGGAUAACAUAGGGAACAGAAAAGAAAAUAAUUAAUAAUUUUUUUUCUCGAUAUAUUUACUUCCACACAAGGCACAAAAUAUAAAAGAUUAAAGGGCUAAUAGAUUUUCCACUUUCAUGUCUUCCAGAUCCUCGCGUUUCAUAAUCAAUUUUUUUUUUCCGACUGUGAGGUUUUCUACUAUUGCAUAAAUUUUUAUAUUAUAUUCAACGUCGUACAUAGGCACAAGAUAUAUGCUAUUAGUACAUUAACAUUUUAUUAAAAAGAGUUUCUGCAAAACCUCUACAUUAUGCGGUCUUGUAAAAUAUGCAACCUUUACACUAUGCAAGAUCAAGAUAUAAAAGAUAUUAACUUUGACCGUUAAAAAUCGUAUUGUCAACUUAAAUCUUUGUCGGUUUAUUGUCAAGAGCUAUUCAGUUGUUCAUAAAAACAUCUUCUUAAGAUUUCGUUUUUCACUGCUAUUUGUGCUGGAUUGUGUUAUUUAGUCGAUACUUAUGUGCUUUCAAAUAAUGGUUCCUUCAAAAAAAAAAAAAAAAAAAAAAAAAAAAAA